AUCCAACAUCUUCAAACACCUCCGAGGACAGUAUACUGUAUGUUUGUGGUUUCAUUCAAUUCUGAAUUCUCAAUUCUCAAGUCUCAAGUCUCAGACUGGCCAGACUCGUCCCCCACUCCUUCCUCCGCAAUUUUCCCAAUCCGGAAACAUUCCUCGACUGCAACCACCAAUUCCUCAACGCCCUCACUUUAGCUGUCGUCAAAUUUCCUCUCUGAGUACGUACACGACACGAUCAAGAUGCUACUCCUAUUAGCACCUUAGUCUCUUGCACUUCGAUCCAUUUCAGCUUGUCGCUUAUUCUCAGUUUGCAUUGCCUUGCUUGUGGUUGGCUUAGCGAAGCGAGACUUCAGGGCGCUGGUUCGCCCUCGUCAACUUUGACAUUUAUAUUUUUAUUUGUCUCCGUUUGGACACAGUAUCCUUCUUGACAUUAUAUGUCCUUACCCUUCGGUAUAUCAACACUCUUCGGAACCGUCCACUUUCGCUGGCAUUCCUUAGAUUCAGAACCAGCGUAGGUAACAUAUUCGUAUUCAACCGAGCGACAUGGAACCCGUCGGACCUCAACAGCGCAAGAAGAUCCUGCGCGUCUUGUUUAUCUCCCUGCUCCUAGACUUGAUCUCCUUCACAUUUAUUCUCCCCCUGUUCCCCUCCCUCCUCGCAUUCUAUCGAGGCCUUGAGACGCACCCUUCUUCCGUCCUUAACUCAAUCCUGCACUACCUCAACGCCUACAAAAAGUCCUUUGCUGUUCCAAUCAAUGAAAAAUAUGACAUCGUUCUUUUGGGAGGAGCAUUGGGCUCGCUUUUCUCCCUGCUACAAGCCAUUGCGAGCCCCAUCAUCGGCGCAGCCUCGGACAAAUAUGGCAGGCGGAAAGCAUUGCUCUGGAGCAUGUGCGGAAACAUUGCAAGCGUCGCCUUGUGGACGAUUGCUGUCGACUUCCGCACCUUCCUCCUGAGUCGUGUUGUGGGUGGUCUAAGCGAAGGAAAUGUUCAGUUAGCUACUGCCAUCGCCACCGACAUCAGCACAGACGAACAACGCGGGUCGACAAUGGCUUUGGUGGGAGCCUGCUUCAGUAUCGCUUUCACCUUUGGCCCUGCCCUUGGAGCCGCUCUUUCAAACAUCACCACUUUUGCCGCCAAUCCCUUUGCCACCGCAGCUGGAUUCUCCCUGUUUCUCAUCGUUGUCGAGACGGUCUAUCUCUACGGACAGCUUCCCGAAACGAGACCAAAGGAAAGAGAGGUCGAAGCCAAGUCCAAGCACUCCAUGUCGAAGCCGCUCACCCACACCAACAACCCUAUACUACUCAAUAUCGUUCAUUUCUUGUUCCUUCUCCCGUUCUCCGGCAUGGAAUUUUCCCUCCCAUUCCUGAUCACCUCGGUCCUUUACCCCGAUCAUCCCUCUCCGUCCAAACUAAAUGGACGACUUCUCGGAUUUGUUGGCUUGGUGGCUUCCCUUUUGCAAGGCUCCGUUGUCCGAAGAUUACCUCCUGUGACUGUGGUCAAGGUUGGUGUGAUAUCGUGCACUCUCGCCUUCUUCCUGCUUGCACGCGUCAACACAUCCACUGGCUUGUAUGGCGCAGGUACUUUGCUGGCUGUCACUUCUGCAACCGUGGUCACUGGUCUGAACAGCCUGGGCAGUUUUGAAGCCAAAGCCACCAACAGGGGAAAGGUCUUGGGCUCUUUGCGAAGUUGGGGCCAAUUUGGGCGUGCCUUGGGACCCCUGCUGUUUUGCACUCUCUUUUGGUGGGCAGGCCGUGAGAAAGCAUACACCAUCGGAGGCACUGCAAUGUUAGCCGUCACCUUGAUUGUCCUUAUUCACCUGAAGCCUCCUCAAAUGGACAAGACAAAGUCUUGAAAAAGUACAGAUGCGAUUUGGUUUCUUGUCUAGUAACUUGAACAUCUGCCUGUCAUUAUUGCUUCAUUAUCAGGACCAUGAGACACAAUCCAACAUGAAAAGGCGAACAAUUUUGUGACACAUGGCGACAGAAAGGAGCUUUGAUUCCUGGUCUUUGCCCACAGUCCACAAAGUCCAAAGAAGGUCCACCUCGUACACACGGCAACUCGCAAACCGCCAAAAGCCACCACGACAAUUGUCAAAUCCCUGCCUUGGUGCAAGAAACCAUGUCAAACAUUGUAUAGAUAGUCACCGGCGACUCCAACAACGCACUUCCAGCGGCCUUCUCCUUGCUAAAUAUCGAUACUUCAUUCCUAUGUCUCUAUGUUCCUUCACCCGAGAUAGAACCAGGAGCCAGCAGCUGACCACAGCUCUUAUUUGUCAACUUCAAUCAUCGACUCAGAGUUUCAUAUCCCAGAACAUUUUCUUUCUUAGAUAUCUAACGAACAUGUGCGAAAUGGGGCACGCCUCCGUGGUGAGAUGCGGCUCUAUCCUCGUCCAUGUCAACGAGAUACGAUUUGUUCAGUCCAGGUUCCGGUAUCAUCUGUUGCGAGCGCGGAGAAAGGAGAGGAUAAGGGUCUGGGCACAACGUUUCAAGCACCUAGACGAUCGCACGCGUCAAAAGUUCUUGCAGCGCGACCAUCGGAUGGCAUUAAGGAGGAAGAGGGUUCAGGAUGCUGCCCAUGGGGGCGAAAGUCGAAAUCAUCCACGUGCCCAAAGCUCCAGAGUUAUCCACAUUCGCCGCCUUGCCGGGCAGCACCACCAUCUUCUACAGCGGUGGUUUACAUCCCAGCUCAUGAUUCGCAUGCACAAACUGCAGCAUCAAAGAAUGAGACUCGAGCGGAGGAAGCAGAAGUGGGAUAAUUAUGUUUCCAGCAUGAUAAAGAGGAGAGUACGACAAUUCUUAUCAAGAGCGGACCAAGGUGGUUGGGGAGCUGUGGAUUGAGAUGUAAUGAACUUGUAAAGCGAUGAUAAGAUGAUAGCAUGGCAAUCAGCAGCAUAUAAGAUAGGCUGCAUCGAGAGAUUGGAAAGCGUCAUUUGAAGAUGAGAGAAAUGCCCUACGUUGGCUAACUCUACACAAUAGGUCUCUUGUAUUGGUGAAGCUGAGAUUAGACAAGAAAUGGCAAUCCUAAAUUCCAAA